GCUGUCCGCCUGCCGGAACGAGCGUGUUCAGUACGCCGUUACAAAAGACGGGACGUAUAGUAUCCAGCUGGGAAGCAAUUUCAAGAGGAUUCAGUAUUCGCGUACGCCGCCGCGCUGACGAGAAAACGAAUCACCUGCGGUGGCAUUACGCGAUCGCGGUCUCUUCGACUUAUCUGGAAGAACGGCUUCUCGAGCUGUAUCAUCUGAUACGAAGAAAAUUUUUUUCUCCGAGAUAUCAGAAUGGGAACGUCCUCUGAAUUACACUCUUUGUGAAGAUUAUUUUCUAAUAUAGCAGACAUUAUUGCCAGACAAUAUACAAAAGUGGAAGAAUACGAUUCGUGCGCGCCUAGUUUUACUCCUGACUGCUGUCUGAAGGUUGACGAAAACGAAGGGAGUUUCACCGGAAGUAUGCAAGGUCGAAUCGUUGUUACCAAGGAUUUUUCGACUAAAAAGUAUUCCUCGCCAUAACUCAAGAUGCUACGCGCAGUAAUUCUAAUAGUUGCUUUGGUCACAGUGAAAGGAGACAACUGUAUACCACGUUCAUUCGGCGAAGGUCGUACAGUAUGCGUCUGUAACUCGACGUAUUGCGAUACGAUAAGCGAGCCGAACUUGCAACAGAACCAGGUUUUAUGGUACACAUCUACUCAAGAUGGCAAAAGGAUGCAGCUAAACGUCGAUAACUUCGUCGGCAAAAAUAAGCCCGACAACGACGUGGUUCUCACGGUGGACAGUAGUGAGAAGUAUCAAAGGAUACACGGAUUUGGCGCCGCAAUGACUGACGCCGCCGCUCUCAACAUUAGAACUCUCAGCAAAAAGACUCAAGGCAUAUUAUUUGAGUCGUAUUUUGGUUCCAACGGUAGCAGAUACACGUUGACUCGUAUACCUAUCGCGGGUACCGAUUUCUCGACGAGACCGUACACGUACGACGACACACCCGGCGAUGUUACGUUAAGUCAUUUCUCACUUGUGGAGGAAGACUAUUACAAAAUCGGAUAUCUACAUUAUAUCCAGAGUAUUAUGCCCAAUCCGGAAAGUUACAGAAUAUUCACGACUGCAUGGAGCGCACCUCCGUGGAUGAAAAACACAAAUAGCAUAACGUGGGGUGUCCUAAAACGUGAAUAUUAUGCACUUUAUGCUGAGUAUAUCAAAAAGUUCUUUGACGCGUACAAAGAGCUUGGUAUAAACAUAUGGGGCAUAACGCCGGGCAACGAACCAUUAGAUGGAUUUAUCCCAUUCUUCCCUUUCAACGCCAUGGGUUGGACGCCUACCGCGUCGGCAACUUGGUCCACGGAUUUUUUAGCUCCGAUUUUGUCCAAUGCCGGAUAUAAUCCAGUCUACAUGGCGAUGGACGAUCAACGCUUCGAAUUACCGUGGUUUCCCGAGACGAUGUUCAAUAAUCUGAAAGCUCGGGAGCUGUUCUCCGGUGUUGCGAUCCAUUGGUACGCUGAUGAUUUUUUUUCACCGAUUAGGCUGACCCUAACGCAUGAUAAGUACCCGGACAAGUUUAUAUUGAUGACUGAGGCAUGCACCGGUAGCAGCCCCUUAGAAAUAAGAAAGGUAAUAUUGGGAUCAUGGGACCGAGGAGAAGAAUAUGCCUUAGAUAUAAUCGAGAACUUGUCGCAUUGGGCAGUCGGAUGGGUAGAUUGGAAUAUGGCGCUCAAUAAAAAUGGGGCACCAAAUUGGGCUAAAAAUUAUGUGGAUUCCCCGAUUAUCGUAAUGCCGGAGAACGAUGAAUUCUACAAGCAGCCGAUGUUUUACGCGAUUUCUCACUUCAGCAGCUUUGUGCCACGGGAUUCUUACAGAAUCUUAUCUACAGGUCUUGAAGGCAAUCAAGAUAUUGAAGCGAUAGCUUUCUUGACGCCCGAACAACAGAUUGUUAUUGUGGCCGUUAACAAAGGUUCUUCACCUGUUGCUAUAACGGUGAAAGAUAAGUAUACCGACAGCAAAAUAAAUUUAAAUCUAUCUGCCAAGUCUUUCAAUACAUUAUUAUAUUUAGCGCAGCAAUAAUGCAGAAACUUGUGCUCAAAUUGUAAAUAAAAAAUGUACG